GUUCAUCCUCAAAGAGGAAAACUUUUUCAAAGCUUCUCUCUUCUCUUUAUAUCUAUAUUUCUUCUUCUUCUUCUUCUCUCUCUCAAUGCGCGGCAUCCAAGAAACCCAACCAACCAUGGUAAUGGCAUCCCAACAACAUGCCCUUCUGCUCCUCUUCUCCCUCUCCGUUCUCCUUCGCUCCGCUGUCGCCGACGACGGCGCCGUCAUGGCCAAGCUGGCCGCAUCCCUCUCCCCCGCCCCCUCCGACUGGACCGGCACCGAUUUCUGCUCCUGGACCGGCAUCAACUGCGACAACUCCAACCGUGUCACCUCCAUCAACCUCCCCUCCAAGUCCAUCGCCGGCACUCUCCCCGCCGAUCUCAACUCCCUCUCCCAGCUCAAAAGCCUAGCUCUCCAGGGCAACAGCCUCUCCGGCGCCCUGCCGUCCCUCGCCAACCUCACCUUCCUGGAACAGGUCUUCCUCGACCGGAACCAGUUCAAAACGAUCCCCGCCGAUUUCUUUGCCGGCCUCUCCAACCUCCAGAGCAUGAGCCUCAGCGACAAUCCCACUCUCGCGCCGUGGACGUUCCCCGCCGAUCUGACUCAGUCCAGCAGCUUGAACGCCUUCGCCGCCAGCAACGCCAGCAUAGUGGGCUCCAUUCCCGACAUUUUCAAUUCCUUCCCCAACUUGCAGAACCUCCGCCUCUCCUACAACAACCUCACGGGCUCGCUGCCGCCCAGCUUCGCCGGCUCCGAGAUCAGAAACUUGUGGAUCAACAACCAGAUGACGGGCUUAUCCGGGACCAUUGAGGUGCUUUCUUCCAUGACCCAACUCUACCAAGCUUGGCUCCAAGAAAAUUCCUUCACAGGUGCCAUCCCGGACCUGUCCAAAUGCACGAGUCUCUUCGAUUUGCAGCUCCGGGACAACCAGUUCACCGGCGUGGUGCCACCGUCCUUGACCUCUCUUCCCAGGCUUGCUAACAUUAGUCUACAGAACAACAAAUUGCAGGGCCCGCUGCCGGUGUUCGGCUCCGGCGUGGACGUCACUCUUGGAUCCACCAAUCAAUUCUGCAAGACCACAUCGGGGCCUUGCGAUCGCCAAGUCACUCUUCUUCUUGAAGCUGCCGGGGCUCUUGGGUAUCCGAUGAUUCUGGCUCAGUCUUGGGAAGGCAAUGAUGCUUGUUCCGGUUGGUCAUUCAUCAGCUGCGCGCAGGGCAACAUCAUAACUGUGAAUCUCGGGAAGCAGCGCUUUUCGGGUACCAUUUCGCCGGCCUUUGCGAACAUCACCUCGCUGCGGAGUUUGUUCCUGAAUGACAAUAACCUGUCGGGUUUGAUCCCUGAGAGCUUGGCAUCUUUGCCUAAUCUUCAAGUUCUUGACGUGUCUAACAAUAAUCUUAGUGGCCCGAUACCCGUUUUCCCAUCAACAGUGAAGUUAACUACCUCCGGCAACCUGUUACUCGGGAAGAACUCUACUUCCGGGAGUGGUGGCUCGCCGGGUUCUGGAUCGAACUCGACCACGCCCGGUGGAAGCCCGUCAGAGGGGAAGUCGAGCGGGUCCUCUGUGUCUGCUGGUUUGAUUGCAGGUGUUGUGAUUGCCGUUAUUGUUUUUGUAGCUGUUGUGUUGUUUGUGUCUUAUAAGUGCUAUGUCAAGAGGCGUCACAAGAGUUUUGGAAGAGUUGAGGGCUCGGAGAAAGGCUCAGAGCUGACGAAGAGCGUGGCAGCGAGUGGUGCUAAUGGAUACGGAGGAGUCCCCAGUGAAUUACACAGCCAGAGCAGUGGUGAUCAUGGUGACAUUCCGGUUUUCGAAGGUGGGAAUACUGCCAUUUCGAUCCAAGUGAUUCGGCAGGUGACUAACAAUUUCAGUGAGGAUAAUGUAUUGGGUAGAGGAGGGUUUGGAGUCGUGUACAAAGGGGAAUUGCACGAUGGAACUAAGAUUGCUGUGAAGCGGAUGGAAUCUGCAGCAGUCGCCAAAGGAAUGAAUGAAUUCCAAGCCGAAAUUGCAGUCUUAACCAAAGUUAGGCACCGGCACUUGGUUGCGCUUCUUGGUUAUUGUAUCAAUGGCAAUGAAAGGCUUUUGGUUUACGAGUAUAUGCCACAGGGAACUUUGGCUCAGCACCUAUUCGAGUGGCGUGAGCUCGGGUUUCCUCCCCUUACUUGGAAGCAAAGGGUGACGAUUGCGUUGGAUGUGGCCAGAGGGGUUGAAUAUCUACACAGCUUAGCGCAACAGAGUUUCAUCCAUAGAGAUCUUAAACCUUCAAAUAUACUUCUUGGUGAUGACAUGAGAGCCAAGGUUGCAGAUUUCGGUUUGGUUAAGAAUGCACCUGAUGGCAAGUAUUCUCUUGAGACUCGGUUGGCAGGAACUUUUGGAUAUCUUGCACCGGAAUAUGCUGCUACUGGACGAGUGACUACCAAAGUGGAUGUUUAUGCAUUUGGAGUGGUUUUGAUGGAGAUAAUCACAGGAAGGAAAGCUUUAGACGAGACCGUGCCUGAUGAGAGGUCCCAUUUAGUCUCCUGGUUCCGCAGGGUCCUUAUCAACAAGGACAACAUUCGGAAGGCUGUUGACCAAAUUCUCAACCCCAAUGAAGAGACUUUCGAGAGUAUUUGCAAGGUGGCUGAGCUUGCUGGUCACUGUACCGCUCGCGAGCCUUUCCAAAGACCGGAUAUGGGGCAUGCUGUCAAUGUGUUAGGUCCUCUCGUGGAGCAGUGGAAACCUUCCAACCACGGAGACGAAGAAAGCUAUGGCAUCGACCUCCACUUGAGUCUUCCUCAAGCUCUUCAAAGAUGGCAAGCCGAUGAAGGGACUUCCACAAUGUUCAACGAUCAGUCCUACAGCCAAUCACAGUCAAGCAUUCCCUCGAAGCCUUCAGGGUUUGCAGACUCAUUCGACUCAAUGGAUUGCCGAUGACAGAACAUCAGGAUCAAGAUAACCAUUCAGAGGAGGAUAGGACAGAGAAUCGAUAUUGAAUUAGUACACCUUACAAGCGUGAAAGAGACUAUGACAAAGGCAAGUUCCCCUGCUGUUCUAGCUUUUGGGGGAACCCGAUAGUAUCUUGUAUAUCUGUUAUUUCAUUGUUUUGUUCCUUCCCAUUUUUACCUGCACCAUGUAUGUACCCUUUUUGUAUUCUCUUCUUCUUAUGGCCUGCAUUGUGUGAAACCCCAAGAGUGGCUGCUGUUCAUAUGUUUGGAUUCUUUGUAUCAGACCCCUCUUCCGGCGACGGGGCUGACAUCGGGAACCAGAUUCCGUGAUGUCAGAGACCAAAACGAUCAUAGGAAGAACAAAGAACCAAAGAUGCAAUUCAAAUUUUUGUACCGUUACCAUCAAAGCUACCAUCUUGUUCUGUUCAUGAUUCCUCUGUUCCUUGUUUUCCCCCUUUCCCAUAGUUCUCUCAGAUUCCUAUUGAAGAGAUGGAUCUAUCCAUUGCGUACUUGUGUUAGAAGUAAGAGCAAGCCCUCUUGAAAGGGUUUUGAUCUUCCAGGCUGGUAGAAACAGGGAUUCCAUUCGAUGUGUGAUCUACCAGGGAAGGUUUUGAAGAAUUAAGAAAUGGCCAAAUGGGGGUGCUGGCCCUGAGCUGGCACUGGCAGAGAGUGAAGAAAGGAGAUGUUUUGAUUUGUCCUUUUAACAUCUGGUUGAAGUGUUUGGUGGCCAAAUGGUCUGAGCUUUUAAGGCAUUGUCACAUGGGGUGUGAGAAAGCAGGAACAGUGCUCUGCGUGUUUGUUGGGGAUCUAUGAAGAGAAGAGAAGAGAAUUUCAUUGUCACAUGGAUGCAUGGACCCAACUUUCAAUGUAAAUUACGUGUCCGAGAUUUGAUAAAAGGACAGAUAUAUUCCCUUCA